CAUCGCCUCUUACUCCUCAACCCAUUCUCUCUCCAACCCCCCAAAGCUUCUUCCAAGUCAUCCAUGGCGAAAGCAGCCGCCUUCUUCCUCCUCAUUGCCCUCAUCUUCUCCAUCUCCUUAACGCAAUCUGCCAGAACUCUCCCUGUAGAAAAGCCCAGCUCGGUUCAGGGUUUUGAUGAAGAGAACAUGGAUUUGAGCUGUGACGGAGUUGAGGAGGAAGAAUGUUUGAUGAGGAGAACUCUUAUGGCUCACACUGAUUACAUCUACACGCAGGGGAAGGUUCAUAACUGAGGUUGGGGUUAGAUUAGGGUUUUUUUUUUCUUUGUGGUUCUUUCAUAGGGUUGGAAUUUCUGCGCUUCAUGAAAUCAUCUAUGUUAUUAAUGAAUAAUGAUGAUAUUGGUUUUAGGGAUUUCAUCAUUUAUGUCGAUUUGCGUCUUGGCUGCU